AUGUCGACGGUGACCACGCCCAAAAGACGCCUAGAACAGCUCACCGGGCAGAUCGCCCAGCCCCCCAUCAUCGAUGAAGGCACAUACAAAGGAAUGCCGCGCGUGGCUCGGCGGGCCGGCGAUUCCGCAGCACAACGCGCCGUAGGCAAAGUCGUGAUCAUCACAGGCUGCAACUCGCCCCUGGGCAUGGGCCGAGCCACGGCGCACCAAUUCGCCCGGAACGGCGCCAGGGCAGUCUACAUCUGCGACUACAUCGACUCCCACCUGCACCUGCACGUCGAGGAGCUGAACGAACUGUACCCUACCGUACAGGUACACGCGCGGACAUUCGACGCCGGCGACGAAGAAGGGGUCAAGGCCGUCGUGGCCCACGCCAUGCAGACGUACGGUCGACUGGACGUUUUUUUCGCGAAUGCCGCCAACUCGGGCACGUGGAAGGAGGUGUGGGAUAUGGGAGUUGACGAGUUUGAGAGGACGAUUCGGACGAAUUUGACUAGCGUCUUCCUCGCAAUCAAACACGCCGGCCCGGCCAUGCAGGUGACGAGCCACGACAAACCGUACGCGAGCGGCUCGAUCAUCGCGACGUCCUCAACCGCCGGGCUGCGCUCCAAUGGCGGCAGUACGGACUACAGCGCCGCCAAAGCAGGGGUGGUGAGCCUGGUCCAGACGGCGUGUUACCAGUACGCGGGUCGGAAUAUCAGAUGCAAUGCGAUCGCGCCGGGCAUGACGCAUUCGGGGAUGACGGAGCCGGUGUUUUACGGGCCAGCGCGAGAAAGGGGCACGCUGCAUAAAGUCGGACAAUUGUGUCCGUUGCGUCGCGGGGCGGUGGCGGACGAGAUCGCGAGGGUUGCGCUAUUCCUAGGCAGUGAUGAGGCCAGCUAUGUGAAUGGUCAGGUAUGGGCUGUGGAUGGUGGGUUGAGCUCGGGCUUGCCUUAUAAAUUGGGCAGUAUGGCGUGA